AGCGAAAGUCUAAAGGAGUGAAGUACCUGAUUAGCCGUCCGGAGGGUUUUAUUUCUGUUUUAUUGGACGGUGUAGCAGUGAAGCGUAAACAGGAAGGCGGGACAGACAAAGCAGGCCAAGAAACGCAGCUGGACGGUUAAUGAAAUGAGAUGUCACAAAUGAUGGACACUUCCACUGAGGGCCCCAGCAAGGAUGCCAAGAGCAACGGGUCCAUCAAGAGCGAUGAGAAGAUGACUACUGACGGUGGCACGAAUGGGGGCUUUAUGCAGAAGCUCAGAAAGAGCUUCCGGCGUGUAAAAGGGAUGAGUCUUCUGUCUAGAGACAAGGGUUCAAAGGUCACGCCCCAGUCAGACACAGCGGCAAAUGAGUCCGUUUCUGUGGCUUCACCACCACCUCCGUCACCCAGUCUAAGUGCCAACUCUCCAACCGACUCUCUGAGGAACAUCGAGAAAAAAGAGGACGAUCAAAACGUGUCCACGUUGGGUCAAUCUUUGAGGAGAGUGAGACAAUCCUUUCGUCAGAGCAUGAGAAUCUAUCCUAAAAAGAAUAACAGCAUGGAUAUGUCCAUCUCUGAAGACCCAGAGGACAGAGUGAAUCCUACUUUUGAGGAAUACCUUGAAAGACAAUGCUUUUGUGAGGCCACUCAACUGCUGAUAGACAGGGAGAAACAUCUGUUCGGGGAGGUAACCGAGGCUGAUGUACUUGAAGCUCAGAAGGAAGAAGUAGAAAAGCUCGCUGCAGACCACGAAGCCCUUGAAAAGCAUGUACAGCAGACUCUGGGGCAGAGUCUCUCUGAAGACAUCAACAGUGAGGAAGGGGUGUCUGCUCUGAUGUCUGCCGUGAAGGCCAUCACCCUUGAGGAAGAGCAGGACCAGCUGUGGAAACAAAGAUGCCAAACUCCACCAACCUGGAGACCCAAGAAGUGGAAGGAGCACCAUGACUCAAUGCUUCGUGAAUUAGUCAAUUAUCGUAUGGAUAACCCAUCGAUCCUCGUUGGUGACCAGGUGAAACAGUCAUCUGUCCAGAAAGACAUCAGCUCCAUGGGCAGGCAGCUGAAAGACGACCUGCUGUUGGUGGUGACAGUGGUGAAGAUCUGCUACCCACCAGAGAUGGACAUCUGUAAUUUUUAUGCAAGACUCUACCACCAAACUUUCAGUUCCAGACUCAGAAAGCUUGCAGACAAGGACCACACUUUGCUCCUGCAAUGGGUGAAUGACUUUUAUCCAGGAAUCCUUCAAGAACCUGAGCUGGCCAAUAACAUCAAUACUGACGCGCUAGGAAAGCUGCUUCCUGAUGAUUUACUGGAACCUCUGGAGGAGCAGUACCUCAGCAAACAACAAAGUGACCUGAUGAUUUUUAUUGACCGAGCACUGGAUGUUGCAAAGGAAGAGUGGGAUCAAGGAAAGGAGCCAACAAGAGACGAUGGUUGCUGCAUCAGUCCUGUGGCCUGCGAUGUCAUCCAGUUUAUCAACGGUAAGGUGACAUCAGCACAGAAAAUUGUAGGAGACCAGGACAAGGCCCAGAAAAUAAUACCCCACCUGACAGACUUCAUGCAGAGUUACAAAGAUUUUCACGAGGAUACCAUCAAGCAAAACAGACCGCACAGCAAAGCGCUCAUAAAGGCAAACCUCGGCUGUGUCAAACAGUUCAGGGACUUCUUCACAACAGAGAGCGACCUGUUCCCAGAGGAUGUUCGGGAAAGCUAUUUGCAGGUUCUGACUGAGAUGAAACAGUCUGCCCACACUUAUUUAUUAAACCCUGUUCACAAGGUCCUCAAGCCUCACUACCAGAAGCUGGGAACCAGUGAAUGGCUGAAGAACAACGCAUUGUUUGAGAAGCUGCUGCUUACCCUCGAUGAAGAGCUUCAACAACUUCAGGGUUCGACUCAAUCCUGUCACCAGGAGCUGAUUGGUCAGCUUCAUCAGAAAGUGACAGAAGAAUAUGUCCAGAAGCUCCUGAGAGGAGAGGUCAAACUGAAGGACAGUGAUCGACAGCAGAAGGCUUACAUGACAGUGAACGAAAACGCAGAGAGAUUGCACGAGCUGUUUACCAGAAUGGGAUCGAAGCAAGAGUGGUUAAAGGAAAUCCUGACCAAGAUAGCAGAAGUGCUAAAACUCCAAGAUAUCCCUGCCAUACAGAUGCAAAUAGUUUCACUGGGCUCUGCCUAUCCUGACCUCAGUGAAAAACACAUUUUGGCUCUGCUCAAACUCAAGACAACCCUCACCAAAGCCGACAAGAAAACCAUCAAAACCACCGUGUUGGAUAUCCUGAACGAAAGCCGUGCUGAUGCUGAAACCCGGAUGUUUUUCUCCAACGUUGAAGUGAGAUGAGCCGUAUGUUUUCUUUUCAGUUUAUCACUGGCUGAGAGUGGGGUUGCACAGCAUCGUGUAUUAUAUUGUGUGUUAGAUGAGCUGAAUACUUGUGCUUUCAGUUUAUGUCUAUAAAGAUGUACAAACAGUCUUCAGCCUCUCUGUAUUUCUGUGAGAUUUGUUGUAUUGCAGUAUCUUUGUGUGAUGCUACAAUAUGUUAGAAUUUAAUUCCUCCAUAUUUUGUGAUGUGUUAGAUUUAUCACAUAAAACAUGAUAAUGAAACAUGAUUAAAGAUUUCUUGGGCUUGAGAAACUCUCAGGUUGCUUUUUGCAGUAUGCUUUGGAUCAUUAUUCAUUUACACUGUGAAGUGCUGUCACAUCAGUUUUGUAGCGUUUGGCUGAGUCUGUGAGUACAGCCCUGUACGCUUCGCAGUUCAUGCUGCUGCUUCUAUAAGCGGUCACAUCAUUAAUAAACAGUAGGGCCCGGUUCCACUGGCAGCCAUACAUACCCAUACCAUAACAGUGACUCAGCCAUGUUUGACAGAUAAUGUGGCGUGCUUCAGAUCACGAGCUGUUUCUCUCCUUCCUUCUUCUGGCAAAGUCUAAUCUGACCUUCUUGUUCUUGAGUGUAACCAGUGGUUUGCACCUUGCUGUAAACCCUCUGCAUUUACAUUCAUGAAGGCGUCUCCUGAGCGUAUCCGUCAGGUGUCAAAAAACCAUAAAAAAAAAAAAUCAUUGUUCAAUCAUGGAGGUGACUGUGUAGCACAGGUAGCCUCCAUUUAAACAAACUGCUUAAAUUUGAUUGAACUUACCCAUUUAAAUCAUUAUUUAAUGCAGGUUAAAACAGAGUCAAACAGAACAUGAGCAUUACCUACAAUAUUAUAACUCAAUGUGCAUUUAAACACCAGAGAAGACAUUUAAAGUUUUGGCCACAUUUAGUGACAUCUGCCUACAAUUUCCAAGUUGUUUCUGUGGUAACAAAAUGCAAAUAAAGUUAAGAAGCGCCAUGGAAAUCCAUGGACUUCAGGCACCACAGUACCAUCAACAAAAUUAAGGAAGUACCUGGUUAAGUUAACACUCCCUAUGAACAUUUAAAAUAUUAGUACAGAAAUGAAAGAGCAAUGAUGUGAAUGAAAUGUACAGUGGCAUUUAUAACCACGCCUGGAAGCACGGGCCCGGCUCAUCCUCUCCUGUUGCUGCUGAAAUAACAAAGACAGCACAGCUUGUAACAACAGGGAUAAAUGUUACUCUGGAAUAUUGUUUCACAUGUAUUCCUUGGGUAAAUAGUGACAUUUCAUCUGAUACUGUACAGGUGCACUGCGUUUUAAGAUAUUCAUUAGUUUAUUUAGUUUUGUGAACAAUACUUUUUUAAAUAUAAUGAAUGAAAAAAGUCUGAAAAAAGUCAUAGAAUUUAUGUCUGAUUCCUGUUUUGUACAAUUUAGUAUACAAUAAGUCUUCAUUUUGUAUAUACCAGAACAUAAGUGGUAAUGUCUUGUUAGUAAAGUAAUAAAAUGUACUUAAAUAAAAAUCACCCUGCUGAUGUUUGACAUCAGACAAAUGGAAAUUACACAUUUUAUGUCAAACAAGACAUUUAACGGUUAAAGCCAAUUCAUUACUCAUGUAAAAAGGUUCUUGUGUGUAUAUAUAAAUAUUUGGUAAAGAUUUUGUAUAAGUUGAUUCUUUCUUUUCAUUUAAGCACUGUUCAUAUAUAAGCACUGUUAAAAUAUAUUUGAUAAUACAAUAA